AUGAUUGAUCCAAAGAACUCUAGUGGUCAACAGACUUAUGCGCUGGCAAACGGGUUCCCAUACACCCACCACCCUUACGGAGCUCAAUACGCCCGUCCAGACGGCCCCUUGUUGCUCCAGGACGUCCAUCUCGUCGAAUCGAUCGCACACUUUGACCGCGAAAGAAUCCCAGAACGUGUCGUUCACGCCAAGGGCGGCGGGUGCCGUUUCGAAUUCGAGCUCACAGACUCGCUCUCGGACAUCACAUUCGCAGCGCCAUACCAAAAACCGGGCUACAAGUGCCCCGGUGUGGUGCGCUACUCAACCGUUGGCGGUGAACAGGGUACCCCUGACACCCAGCGUGACCCCCGUGGUUUCUCGCUCAAAUUCUACACCGAAUGGGGGAACCACGACUGGGUGUUCAACAACACGCCUGUGUUUUUCAUUCGCGACGCCAACAAGUUCCCUCAUUUCAUCCACACUCAAAAGCGCGACCCUCGCACCCAUCUUAACCACGGUGCCGACAGUACUAUGUACUGGGACUAUCUAACUCAAAACCCAGAGUCGAUUCAUCAAAUCACUUAUAUGUUUGGCGAUCGUGGUACCCCUGCCAAUUGGGCCAACAUGAGUGGGUACUCGGGUCACACAUUCAAAUUCAGAAACGAAAAGGGCGAUCUCACAUAUGUGCAAUUCCACAUGCGUCCUGAGGGAGGGUUCAAGUGUUUGACCAAUGAACAAGCCGCUGAACUCAACGGUUCGAAUCCAGACUUUAACCAGCAAACCUUGUUUAAGAUGCUCGAGGCAGGCGAGCGUCCCAGCUACACUUGUUACGUGCAAACCAUGACCCCUAAGCAAGCAGAGGAAUUCCGCUACUCGAUCAACGAUUUGACUAAGGUCUGGCCUCACAAGGAAUUCCCAUUGCGCAAGUUUGGUAAGAUCACUUUGACGCAAAACGUGGACAACUAUUUCGAAGAAAUUGAACAAAUCGCGUUCAGCCCCUCCAACACCUGCAUCCCCGGUAUCGAGCCCUCCAACGAUUCGGUUUUACAAUCGCGUUUGUUUUCGUACCCUGACACCCAGCGUCAUCGUCUGGGUGCUAAUUAUCAGCAAUUGCCUGUUAACAGCCCUAGAAACAUGUGUCCAGCUUCCGCAGGUAGUUCUGGCUGCCCAUUUUUGAUGGGUAAUUUCCAAAGAGAUGGCCCAGGAGCGUUGUACAACCAAAACUCGCAUCCAAACUACAUUUCUACUCAGUACAAGGAGAAGAUUCAAUACAAAGACUUGGUUAAAGAUGAAACCAGCAAGGACAAAUUUGUCGGGGUUGUGCCAAAGAGUGUUUCUGACGCGGGCGUGACAAAGCAAGAGCAGGAACGUCAACACGAGGAUAUUAUCAAUGCUAAGAUUAACGAAUACUUCUGGGUCACCGGGGCUUCACCAAUGGACUUUGAACAACCCAGAGCUUUGUAUGAAAAGGUGUUUGAUGAUAGUCACAAAGAAAGAUUCAUCAACAAUGUUGUCGGCCACGUCAGUACCGCUUCCAAAGAAGUUCAAAGCAGGGUUCCACAAUAUUUUGCUCUCUUGAACAAAGACCUAGGGGCUGCCAUUGCCAAAGGUCUCGGUGUCGAGUAUGAGCCUUUAUCCUUUGAGGAAUAUGCUGAACGCUUGAGCAUCGCCUCCUCGUAUUGA